CUAUCAAUAAUAAUAACUCAGUACAAGAAAAAAGUUUUGAUAAUUCUAGAAAUAUUUUAAGAAACUCUCGCUCUUACGAAGAGAUUAACAAGGAGUCUUUUUCAUUCCCUAAGAAUAUUAACGAAAAUUAUUUACAAGAUGAAUCUUUUUACGGAACCCAGCCAAUAUUUAAUACAAGAGAAAUUACAAACUUCCCUAUUGUAAAUAAUCACAAUCUAUCGAAUGCUGGAAAAAUAUCGAACGAUUUAUUACAAGACUCGGCAGUGUCACAAAACGAAGGAAUCAAAAUUUCGUUAAUUGGGAAGAUUCAGAUACACGACGGUUUCAAUCGAACGCCGAUGCUGAUAAGCUUUGAUGCCAUUCCCGACGGAUUUUCAGCUACACAGGCCUCAGUUUCCACAGGAUUGUUGAACACUAUCAGGGCGAUUGAAACUACCGUCAUUAAUCUCCUUCUGAAUGAUUCAAACGUGGAAUCUCAACCGUUUGAUCUCUUGUCUAUAAGCGAACGUGCAAAUGACGAAGCGAGUGAUUCACUAAAUACGAUAACGGACGAAAGUCAGGAAGUUGGGAAGACGAAUGUGAACCAAGUUUCGAUAAAGUCUCCCGAGAAGUUUUUCGAUCUGAUGAAAAGAAGUGAGGAGGAACGAAAGUCGGUAAAAAAAAAUCCCUUCAGCAUCGAGAAGCGAUUGGAUAAGCAUAACGCGAACUCGAGAUCGCCCAAGCAAGUUUUUCUAACGGAUUACUCGAUCGAAUCGAACGGGAAAGUGGACAGAACGAACGGAAGGGUGAUUUCCGGGCGAACUGGCGGGGCAACCGACAAAUUGGAUUCUCGUUCAUCCGCGAAUCCGGUGUAUUUUCCGGAUAUUUUGGGAUCUGUCUUGGUCAACAACGAUAGUUUAAAAGAUCAGGAUAGCAAAGAAUCUCGACAUCGAAUCGACGUUCCUACGAUCGAAACGAACCGAUCCAACCCGACUGACCCGAAUGUUACUCUGCACGUCGUACCGUUGGUGCACAUCGGUAUCGAAAAGCCGAACGCCGAUUUAGCAAAUAACGGGAAAACUAAGACGGUGUGUUGUCCUUGCGAGGACUCGUGGAACGCUAGCUUUGGCGGUUGUUACAAGAUGCCCGUAACCGUUCGGAAACUUGAAAUUACAGAGAAGACUUCGCGCGAGUUGCAAACUUUGAGCAAUUAUCGAGACGAUGAUCCCACUGAAACUUUUCCGCCAAAACUCUACGAAACGACUGUAAACGACCAGAAUGCGGUAACCAUGGAGUCCUCUCCGUCAACGCAAUUGCAGAACGGUAUUCUUGAAGCUGCAAUUAAAUGCACGACGAAUGAAACCUGUUCUACCGUGACACCAUCUGAAUCUAAUAAAUGCAAUGAUAAAUCGAUUAAUGCAAUUCGCGUGAGAAACAUGAUGGCCAUCGUAAGAUUCAUGAUGAAACUGCUGAAGAUCAUCGCGGAGGAUGAAGAGCCUUGUCCUAUACAAACUCAGAUUGGCGAGACGGUGAUUCAUGUGAAGAAUAUUAUUAAUGUCCCAAGUCACGUGGAACGGCAGAAAAGUGCUACUGAUAGGACGGUAAUAAAAUCAGGAAGAACGAGACAGGAUCUUCUGACCACUGAGUGGCGAUCGACAAUUACGGAAAGGAUACGCGAGGAAUCAUCGCCUUUGGGUGACAGUACUUUUGAGUCCUUUACUGAAGCACCUUCUCAUCCGGCAGCAUCCACCUUGCCAACCUCUUCCGAUAAAAUGUUCAAGGGCGAAGGGCUAUUCACGCUCUUUGAGACUUCCACGAGAAAGGAAGUAUACACCUCCACUUUAUCGAGCACGACUUCUUCUGUGACGCCUAAGUCCUUUCUAUUUUACGAGCCCGGACGAAAGUCUCUUCGCAAAGAAGCCUCUCGGAAAAAUACCAAAGUUGACCUAACGGGUGUAAAACAAAAUUUAAACGUUUCCUUUAAAGAUUCAAAAGACGAGUUGGGAGGAAAUAAAUCUCGAUUGGACGGCAGCCAAACGAAUCGUUCGUCUUCGUGGCCACGGGACCAAAUUCGUAGCUCCGUCGAUCGACUUCACUUUGGUAAACAAGGGAUUGCUUCCGUGACAAAUUCCGAGGAUAAAAUCGAAUCUUUCCAGAAGAAAUAUUUGGCAAGGAAUAAAAAUACCGGGUUUCGGCGAUCGGAAUCGACGGGUGCCGCAAACGACACCGUCAGGCUGACACUUCCGCGUGAUAUCGAUGUCUCGCGAAAUACUUUAUUAGAUAGAAUUGGUGCCAUGAGAGAAAACAGGCCCGAGUAUUCGAAGUCGAAGAGGAUCAGGCAGGCGGGGAUAUCAGAUCGGUGCGCCGAAACGAGAAUGAAAUUGCUUAACUGUUCCAUGAGAGAAGGUCCUCCGGGAGAUUGGAUCGGGGAACAUCGGGCACCCACGCGGCGACUGUCGAUCGAUAAGAAACUGCGGGAAUCGCGCAAAGUACCGGGCGGAACUGCAAUGCCGGGAAAAGUCGUAUUUCGGCGCGUCCGCGGCAAGAUUAACCGCCCUCCUGACCCAAAUCUCGUUAGCGGUAGAAGUGAUUCGUUUAAGAUCGAAGGGAACGUCGUCGGAAAUGGCCCUCUGGCAAAACUUUCGACCAAUGAUGCUUUAUCCACUGUCGACGGAGGAUUAAGUUCGUUAAAAAGAGAAGAUACCUCUAUUCGAUAUUCGUCAACUUCUUCAUUAAUGAACGAUAAUAUUGGCAUUUCUAGAACUGACAAAGAAAUCGUGCAUGAACAUAUAAGCGUUCCAAACAAGAAACGAGAUGUCAGCGAGCGUCACGAUUUCUGGAAAGGUAAUCGCGUACUUAGGAAACGCCAGAAAGCUUCAAGUCCGACGAGGAGGAAGACAAAGCAGCGGAGGAAAAAGAAGAGGAAGAAAGGCAGUCAGCGGACGAAAGUUAUUUCGGAGACUGAAAACCAGUGGCGUUUCAGAAGACACUUAUUAAUGAUGUCUCUUGAGCCGGAGUAUGACGCCGAUGAUGCCACGGCAAGAUUUUCGAGACGCUACGUCGCCGCGGAGAAAAGAAACGCUGAGAACUUUCGGAAGUCCGCGGGAAGCAACGUAAGACGGCGGCGCGAACGCGACGGAAGUCGGACGGUCGAUGGAUCGGAAGCCGAUCCCAGCACGGCGCAAAUCCGCGGUGGUCAAGACUGCACGGAUCGUCGACACCCACCGAAUAUCGAUGCGGCCAAAUAUCUCGAAUCCGCGCAUUGUUUGCGCUUUAGUGAUUUAUGGUAUUCCGUGUAUCAGUUGGAAGAUCCCAUCGUCGAUCAUGCGGUGUAUCUUCAGGUUUACGAAAAACGCGUUUUAGCGAACGGAUCGACUUACUGGAAAGAUCUCACCGGAGAUUCCGUAGUCAGAUUGGGCACGUUCAACAGGCACCAUAGAGGCAGCCAAGAUACGAUCGCUUUCGCCUACAAGGAAGUGAAAAUGCUAGGACGAGAGGAGGACGAAAUUCCUAAUUUGGAUGUCGUUCGUGAUCGUCUUUUAGUACCGUCGUCGGUGACAUCAAAAGGCUCUGAAUAUCCUGCCGAAGGCGAGUCGGGCGAAUAUCUCGUGAUACCAGCGAGCAGCAUCAACGAGAGUGGAGACGAGUGCGACAAAGCGGGCGUGGGAUUCGCGGCGUUCGCGAGGCAAUUGGACCGGUGCGAACGUGUAAGAGGAACCUGUUUGAAAAAUCAGCCUCUGGCCUACCGUAGGCACGACGCGGAAGCUCGCGCGGCCGGGCGACCUGGUUGCUACUUCUUGAGCAAUUUCGCAUCCGUGCCGAGCGAGCCCAUCAAGUACAGCGCGAACGGAAGCGGAAGUCACGAGUUCCUCGCUCUGAAGUACCAUUCGCCGCACGUGUCUGCGAUCGACAUCGAAAUCGAGGCGAGUUACAAUGCCGCGCUCAUGGAAGGACCCCUAGGUCGCAUCAGCAAAGUACACGUGGACAGCAGAGCAAUUAAUCACACUGUAGUGACAGUAGUGAUAACCAAUACGGGACUGACUUCGAUGUUCUAUCAAUCAAGAAUCACGAAAUGUCCCAACAGUCUUCCAGAGUCUUGGGUGAACGCUACGUUUCCUAGGAAAUUAAUUCAACCUCGACGCGAUCAAUCAAUAAGCUUGGAUCUCUACGGCGAACUACCCAUAAACGAAUUUCAUUGUUCUGUGCAAUUGUUGAAUCGUCUCGGAGGACUAGUGGCUACCAGAAGGAUAAAAGUACGGAAAAUGGAUCAUUGUUCCUGCAUGUUGCACUGCUUAUGUGUAUGCGUAGGCGACGCGCGUGGCACUGGCUGCAAACCGAUGUCACCGGAGCUUUAUCACGCCGCUGGAUUUCGCGGUCCUGUUCCUGCAGCCUCCCACAAAAUUUUCGUAGUAACUGUAGACAUCCUAUUUUUCAUUGUCUUGUCGAUCCUGCUCCUGCUUUUCAUGGGUUUUCUAAAAUGGUCGAUCGGCUUGUAUAUACCGGUGGUAGGUCGUUGGGGUUUGGAUUCUCUGUUGGAAACUAGCGGAAUGUCUGAGUACUUCGAACGAGAAUUAAAAUAUAAAUGCGUGGUGAUGGAUGAGCACGGUGCACCGGUGCAUCCGGAUACGCGCAAGAGAACGGUUAGAAUAUGCAGCAGGUACAAUAGGAUAACUAUAGUCAUAAACGCGAUGUUCUUUUUGAUUUUCCCAUUCGCAAUUUGUUGCAUUCGUCUUAAGAAGGCUUUUCGUCGACCCGCCCAUAGACGCUGUUGUUCGGAUGGAUCUAAAAUCAGUUUGAUGAGCGACAGGAGCGAACGUCCGAGAACGAUCUGCGUAAAUACUUAUGGCGAUAGUCGAGAUUCGCGGAUGGAAAUCGAGGACACCAAGUACGUGGUAGACGAAUUGAAGAAAUCUGAGGAAUCGUUACGCAGUCGUAUUAGAAGUAAAAGAAACAGUUCCAUAAAAGAAUACCGUUCGCGCCAUUAACAAGAACUUGAAAUAAGUUUGACGUUACUAAUACACAGAAUCUUCAAAAGUCGUCUUAACGAUCUUAA